GCCUGAUAUCGUUGUCAAUUUGACUGCUGAAAACAUCACCACAACAUCCAUAGCCCUUAGUUGGAGUGCGCCAAAUGGCAAUGCCAUUGGCUACAGGGUUGAAGCAAUAGGCAAUCCAUCCAAAAAUCUCACCGUGAACACUUUAUUCACUGAAAUAACUGGACUGGUACCUGGUAGCAAUUAUACACUGCGGAUUAUUGCUCUGGCUGCAGAUAAUGUUAUGGAAGGGGAAGCAGAGGCAAUCUCAAGAUUUACAAAGCCUGAUAUCGCUGUCAAUCUGACUGCUGAAAACAUCACCACAACAUCCAUAGCCCUUAGUUGGAGUGCGCCAAAUGGCAAUGCCAUUGGCUACAGGGUUGAAGCAAUAGGCAAUCCAUCCAAAAAUCUCACCGUGAACACUUUAUUCACUGAAAUAACUGGACUGGUACCUGGUAGCAAUUACACACUGCAGAUUAUUGCUCUGGCUGCAGAUAAUGUUACAGAAGGGGAUGCAGUGACAAUUACAAUCUUUACAAAGCCUGAUAUCGCUCCCAAUUUGACUGCUAGUAACAUCACAACAACAUCCAUAGCCCUUAGUUGGAGUGCGCCAAAUGGCAAUGCCAUUGGCUACAGGGUUGAAGCAAUAGGCAAUCCAUCCAAAAAUCUCACCGUGAACACUUUAUUCACUGAAAUAACUGGACUGGUACCUGGUAGCAAUUAUACACUGCGGAUUAUUGCUCUGGCUGCAGAUAAUGUUACGGAAGGGGAAGCAGAGGCAAUCUCAAGAUUUACAAAGCCUGAUAUCGUUGUCAAUCUCACUGCUGAAAACAUCACAACAACAUCCAUAGCCCUUAGUUGGAGUGCGCCAAAUGGCAAUGCCAUUGGCUACAGGGUUGAAGCAAUAGGCAAUCCAUCCAAUAAUCUCACCGUGAACACUUUAUUCACUGAAAUAACUGGACUGGUACCUGGUAGCAAUUACACACUGAGGAUUAUUGCUCUUGCUGCAGAUAAUGUUACGGAAGGGGAUGCAGUGACAAUCUCAAGAUUUACAAAGCCUGAUAUCGUUGUCAAUUUGACUGCUGAAAACAUCACCACAACAUCCAUAGCCCUUAGUUGGAGUGCGCCAAAUGGCAAUGCCAUUGGCUACAGGGUUGAAGCAAUAGGCAAUCCAUCCAAAAAUCUCACCGUGAACACUUUAUUCACUGAAAUAACUGGACUGGUACCUGGUAGCAAUUAUACACUGCGGAUUAUUGCUCUGGCUGCAGAUAAUGUUAUGGAAGGGGAAGCAGAGGCAAUCUCAAGAUUUACAAAGCCUGAUAUCGCUGUCAAUCUGACUGCUGAAAACAUCACCACAACAUCCAUAGCCCUUAGUUGGAGUGCGCCAAAUGGCAAUGCCAUUGGCUACAGGGUUGAAGCAAUAGGCAAUCCAUCCAAAAAUCUCACCGUGAACACUUUAUUCACUGAAAUAACUGGACUGGUACCUGGUAGCAAUUACACACUGCAGAUUAUUGCUCUGGCUGCAGAUAAUGUUACAGAAGGGGAUGCAGUGACAAUUACAAUCUUUACAAAGCCUGAUAUCGCUCCCAAUUUGACUGCUAGUAACAUCACAACAACAUCCAUAGCCCUUAGUUGGAGUGCGCCAAAUGGCAAUGCCAUUGGCUACAGGGUUGAAGCAAUAGGCAAUCCAUCCAAAAAUCUCACCGUGAACACUUUAUUCACUGAAAUAACUGGACUGGUACCUGGUAGCAAUUAUACACUGCGGAUUAUUGCUCUGGCUGCAGAUAAUGUUACGGAAGGGGAAGCAGAGGCAAUCUCAAGAUUUACAAAGCCUGAUAUCGUUGUCAAUCUCACUGCUGAAAACAUCACAACAACAUCCAUAGCCCUUAGUUGGAGUGCGCCAAAUGGCAAUGCCAUUGGCUACAGGGUUGAAGCAAUAGGCAAUCCAUCCAAUAAUCUCACCGUGAACACUUUAUUCACUGAAAUAACUGGACUGGUACCUGGUAGCAAUUACACACUGAGGAUUAUUGCUCUUGCUGCAGAUAAUGUUACGGAAGGGGAUGCAGUGACAAUCUCAAGAUUUACAAAGCCUGAUAUCGUUGUCAAUUUGACUGCUGAAAACAUCACCACAACAUCCAUUGCCCUUAGUUGGAGUGCGCCAAAUGGCAAUGCCAUUGGCUACAGGGUUGAAGCAAUAGGCAAUCCAUCCAAAAAUCUCACCGUGAACACUUUAUUCACUGAAAUAACUGGACUGGUACCUGGUAGCAAUUACACACUGCGGAUUAUUGCUCUUGCUGCAGAUAAUGUUACGGAAGGGGAUGCAGUGACAAUCUCAAGAUUUACAAAGCCUGAUAUCGCUGUCAAUCUGACUGCUGAAAACAUCACCACAACAUCCAUAGCCCUUAGUUGGAGUGCGCCAAAUGGCAAUGCCAUUGGCUACAGGGUUGAAGCAAUAGGCAAUCCAUCCAAAAAUCUCACCGUGAACACUUUAUUCACUGAAAUAACUGGACUGGUACCUGGUAGCAAUUACACACUGCAGAUUAUUGCUCUGGCUGCAGAUAAUGUUACAGAAGGGGAUGCAGUGACAAUUACAAUCUUUACAAAGCCUGAUAUCGCUCCCAAUUUGACUGCUAGUAACAUCACAACAACAUCCAUAGCCCUUAGUUGGAGUGCGCCAAAUGGCAAUGCCAUUGGCUACAGGGUUGAAGCAAUAGGCAAUCCAUCCAAAAAUCUCACCGUGAACACUUUAUUCACUGAAAUAACUGGACUGGUACCUGGUAGCAAUUAUACACUGCGGAUUAUUGCUCUGGCUGCAGAUAAUGUUACGGAAGGGGAAGCAGAGGCAAUCUCAAGAUUUACAAAGCCUGAUAUCGUUGUCAAUCUCACUGCUGAAAACAUCACAACAACAUCCAUAGCCCUUAGUUGGAGUGCGCCAAAUGGCAAUGCCAUUGGCUACAGGGUUGAAGCAAUAGGCAAUCCAUCCAAUAAUCUCACCGUGAACACUUUAUUCACUGAAAUAACUGGACUGGUACCUGGUAGCAAUUACACACUGAGGAUUAUUGCUCUUGCUGCAGAUAAUGUUACGGAAGGGGAUGCAGUGACAAUCUCAAGAUUUACAAAGCCUGAUAUCGUUGUCAAUUUGACUGCUGAAAACAUCACCACAACAUCCAUAGCCCUUAGUUGGAGUGCGCCAAAUGGCAAUGCCAUUGGCUACAGGGUUGAAGCAAUAGGCAAUCCAUCCAAAAAUCUCACCGUGAACACUUUAUUCACUGAAAUAACUGGACUGGUACCUGGUAGCAAUUAUACACUGCGGAUUAUUGCUCUGGCUGCAGAUAAUGUUAUGGAAGGGGAAGCAGAGGCAAUCUCAAGAUUUACAAAGCCUGAUAUCGCUGUCAAUCUGACUGCUGAAAACAUCACCACAACAUCCAUAGCCCUUAGUUGGAGUGCGCCAAAUGGCAAUGCCAUUGGCUACAGGGUUGAAGCAAUAGGCAAUCCAUCCAAAAAUCUCACCGUGAACACUUUAUUCACUGAAAUAACUGGACUGGUACCUGGUAGCAAUUACACACUGCAGAUUAUUGCUCUGGCUGCAGAUAAUGUUACAGAAGGGGAUGCAGUGACAAUUACAAUCUUUACAAAGCCUGAUAUCGCUCCCAAUUUGACUGCUAGUAACAUCACAACAACAUCCAUAGCCCUUAGUUGGAGUGCGCCAAAUGGCAAUGCCAUUGGCUACAGGGUUGAAGCAAUAGGCAAUCCAUCCAAAAAUCUCACCGUGAACACUUUAUUCACUGAAAUAACUGGACUGGUACCUGGUAGCAAUUAUACACUGCGGAUUAUUGCUCUGGCUGCAGAUAAUGUUACGGAAGGGGAAGCAGAGGCAAUCUCAAGAUUUACAAAGCCUGAUAUCGUUGUCAAUCUCACUGCUGAAAACAUCACAACAACAUCCAUAGCCCUUAGUUGGAGUGCGCCAAAUGGCAAUGCCAUUGGCUACAGGGUUGAAGCAAUAGGCAAUCCAUCCAAUAAUCUCACCGUGAACACUUUAUUCACUGAAAUAACUGGACUGGUACCUGGUAGCAAUUACACACUGAGGAUUAUUGCUCUUGCUGCAGAUAAUGUUACGGAAGGGGAUGCAGUGACAAUCUCAAGAUUUACAAAGCCUGAUAUCGUUGUCAAUUUGACUGCUGAAAACAUCACCACAACAUCCAUAGCCCUUAGUUGGAGUGCGCCAAAUGGCAAUGCCAUUGGCUACAGGGUUGAAGCAAUAGGCAAUCCAUCCAAAAAUCUCACCGUGAACACUUUAUUCACUGAAAUAACUGGACUGGUACCUGGUAGCAAUUAUACACUGCGGAUUAUUGCUCUGGCUGCAGAUAAUGUUAUGGAAGGGGAAGCAGAGGCAAUCUCAAGAUUUACAAAGCCUGAUAUCGCUGUCAAUCUGACUGCUGAAAACAUCACCACAACAUCCAUAGCCCUUAGUUGGAGUGCGCCAAAUGGCAAUGCCAUUGGCUACAGGGUUGAAGCAAUAGGCAAUCCAUCCAAAAAUCUCACCGUGAACACUUUAUUCACUGAAAUAACUGGACUGGUACCUGGUAGCAAUUACACACUGCAGAUUAUUGCUCUGGCUGCAGAUAAUGUUACAGAAGGGGAUGCAGUGACAAUUACAAUCUUUACAAAGCCUGAUAUCGCUCCCAAUUUGACUGCUAGUAACAUCACAACAACAUCCAUAGCCCUUAGUUGGAGUGCGCCAAAUGGCAAUGCCAUUGGCUACAGGGUUGAAGCAAUAGGCAAUCCAUCCAAAAAUCUCACCGUGAACACUUUAUUCACUGAAAUAACUGGACUGGUACCUGGUAGCAAUUAUACACUGCGGAUUAUUGCUCUGGCUGCAGAUAAUGUUACGGAAGGGGAAGCAGAGGCAAUCUCAAGAUUUACAAAGCCUGAUAUCGUUGUCAAUCUCACUGCUGAAAACAUCACAACAACAUCCAUAGCCCUUAGUUGGAGUGCGCCAAAUGGCAAUGCCAUUGGCUACAGGGUUGAAGCAAUAGGCAAUCCAUCCAAUAAUCUCACCGUGAACACUUUAUUCACUGAAAUAACUGGACUGGUACCUGGUAGCAAUUACACACUGAGGAUUAUUGCUCUUGCUGCAGAUAAUGUUACGGAAGGGGAUGCAGUGACAAUCUCAAGAUUUACAAAGCCUGAUAUCGUUGUCAAUCUGACUGCUGAAAACAUCACCACAACAUCCAUAGCCCUUAGUUGGAGUGCGCCAAAUGGCAAUGCCAUUGGCUACAGGGUUGAAGCAAUAGGCAAUCCAUCCAAAAAUCUCACCGUGAACACUUUAUUCACUGAAAUAACUGGACUGGUACCUGGUAGCAAUUACACACUGCAGAUUAUUGCUCUGGCUGCAGAUAAUGUUACAGAAGGGGAUGCAGUGACAAUUACAAUCUUUACAAAGCCUGAUAUCGCUCCCAAUUUGACUGCUAGUAACAUCACAACAACAUCCAUAGCCCUUAGUUGGAGUGCGCCAAAUGGCAAUGCCAUUGGCUACAGGGUUGAAGCAAUAGGCAAUCCAUCCAAAAAUCUCACCGUGAACACUUUAUUCACUGAAAUAACUGGACUGGUACCUGGUAGCAAUUAUACACUGCGGAUUAUUGCUCUGGCUGCAGAUAAUGUUACGGAAGGGGAAGCAGAGGCAAUCUCAAGAUUUACAAAGCCUGAUAUCGUUGUCAAUCUCACUGCUGAAAACAUCACAACAACAUCCAUAGCCCUUAGUUGGAGUGCGCCAAAUGGCAAUGCCAUUGGCUACAGGGUUGAAGCAAUAGGCAAUCCAUCCAAUAAUCUCACCGUGAACACUUUAUUCACUGAAAUAACUGGACUGGUACCUGGUAGCAAUUACACACUGAGGAUUAUUGCUCUUGCUGCAGAUAAUGUUACGGAAGGGGAUGCAGUGACAAUCUCAAGAUUUACAAAGCCUGAUAUCGUUGUCAAUUUGACUGCUGAAAACAUCACCACAACAUCCAUAGCCCUUAGUUGGAGUGCGCCAAAUGGCAAUGCCAUUGGCUACAGGGUUGAAGCAAUAGGCAAUCCAUCCAAAAAUCUCACCGUGAACACUUUAUUCACUGAAAUAACUGGACUGGUACCUGGUAGCAAUUAUACACUGCGGAUUAUUGCUCUGGCUGCAGAUAAUGUUAUGGAAGGGGAAGCAGAGGCAAUCUCAAGAUUUACAAAGCCUGAUAUCGCUGUCAAUCUGACUGCUGAAAACAUCACCACAACAUCCAUAGCCCUUAGUUGGAGUGCGCCAAAUGGCAAUGCCAUUGGCUACAGGGUUGAAGCAAUAGGCAAUCCAUCCAAAAAUCUCACCGUGAACACUUUAUUCACUGAAAUAACUGGACUGGUACCUGGUAGCAAUUACACACUGCAGAUUAUUGCUCUGGCUGCAGAUAAUGUUACAGAAGGGGAUGCAGUGACAAUUACAAUCUUUACAAAGCCUGAUAUCGCUCCCAAUUUGACUGCUAGUAACAUCACAACAACAUCCAUAGCCCUUAGUUGGAGUGCGCCAAAUGGCAAUGCCAUUGGCUACAGGGUUGAAGCAAUAGGCAAUCCAUCCAAAAAUCUCACCGUGAACACUUUAUUCACUGAAAUAACUGGACUGGUACCUGGUAGCAAUUAUACACUGCGGAUUAUUGCUCUGGCUGCAGAUAAUGUUACGGAAGGGGAAGCAGAGGCAAUCUCAAGAUUUACAAAGCCUGAUAUCGUUGUCAAUCUCACUGCUGAAAACAUCACAACAACAUCCAUAGCCCUUAGUUGGAGUGCGCCAAAUGGCAAUGCCAUUGGCUACAGGGUUGAAGCAAUAGGCAAUCCAUCCAAUAAUCUCACCGUGAACACUUUAUUCACUGAAAUAACUGGACUGGUACCUGGUAGCAAUUACACACUGAGGAUUAUUGCUCUUGCUGCAGAUAAUGUUACGGAAGGGGAUGCAGUGACAAUCUCAAGAUUUACAAAGCCUGAUAUCGCUGUCAAUCUGACUGCUGAAAACAUCACCACAACAUCCAUAGCCCUUAGUUGGAGUGCGCCAAAUGGCAAUGCCAUUGGCUACAGGGUUGAAGCAAUAGGCAAUCCAUCCAAAAAUCUCACCGUGAACACUUUAUUCACUGAAAUAACUGGACUGGUACCUGGUAGCAAUUACACACUGCAGAUUAUUGCUCUGGCUGCAGAUAAUGUUACAGAAGGGGAUGCAGUGACAAUUACAAUCUUUACAAAGCCUGAUAUCGCUCCCAAUUUGACUGCUAGUAACAUCACAACAACAUCCAUAGCCCUUAGUUGGAGUGCGCCAAAUGGCAAUGCCAUUGGCUACAGGGUUGAAGCAAUAGGCAAUCCAUCCAAAAAUCUCACCGUGAACACUUUAUUCACUGAAAUAACUGGACUGGUACCUGGUAGCAAUUAUACACUGCGGAUUAUUGCUCUGGCUGCAGAUAAUGUUACGGAAGGGGAAGCAGAGGCAAUCUCAAGAUUUACAAAGCCUGAUAUCGUUGUCAAUCUCACUGCUGAAAACAUCACAACAACAUCCAUAGCCCUUAGUUGGAGUGCGCCAAAUGGCAAUGCCAUUGGCUACAGGGUUGAAGCAAUAGGCAAUCCAUCCAAUAAUCUCACCGUGAACACUUUAUUCACUGAAAUAACUGGACUGGUACCUGGUAGCAAUUACACACUGAGGAUUAUUGCUCUUGCUGCAGAUAAUGUUACGGAAGGGGAUGCAGUGACAAUCUCAAGAUUUACAAAGCCUGAUAUCGUUGUCAAUUUGACUGCUGAAAACAUCACCACAACAUCCAUUGCCCUUAGUUGGAGUGCGCCAAAUGGCAAUGCCAUUGGCUACAGGGUUGAAGCAAUAGGCAAUCCAUCCAAAAAUCUCACCGUGAACACUUUAUUCACUGAAAUAACUGGACUGGUACCUGGUAGCAAUUACACACUGCGGAUUAUUGCUCUUGCUGCAGAUAAUGUUACGGAAGGGGAUGCAGUGACAAUCUCAAGAUUUACAAAGCCUGAUAUCGCUGUCAAUCUGACUGCUGAAAACAUCACCACAACAUCCAUAGCCCUUAGUUGGAGUGCGCCAAAUGGCAAUGCCAUUGGCUACAGGGUUGAAGCAAUAGGCAAUCCAUCCAAAAAUCUCACCGUGAACACUUUAUUCACUGAAAUAACUGGACUGGUACCUGGUAGCAAUUACACACUGCAGAUUAUUGCUCUGGCUGCAGAUAAUGUUACAGAAGGGGAUGCAGUGACAAUUACAAUCUUUACAAAGCCUGAUAUCGCUCCCAAUUUGACUGCUAGUAACAUCACAACAACAUCCAUAGCCCUUAGUUGGAGUGCGCCAAAUGGCAAUGCCAUUGGCUACAGGGUUGAAGCAAUAGGCAAUCCAUCCAAAAAUCUCACCGUGAACACUUUAUUCACUGAAAUAACUGGACUGGUACCUGGUAGCAAUUAUACACUGCGGAUUAUUGCUCUGGCUGCAGAUAAUGUUACGGAAGGGGAAGCAGAGGCAAUCUCAAGAUUUACAAAGCCUGAUAUCGUUGUCAAUCUCACUGCUGAAAACAUCACAACAACAUCCAUAGCCCUUAGUUGGAGUGCGCCAAAUGGCAAUGCCAUUGGCUACAGGGUUGAAGCAAUAGGCAAUCCAUCCAAUAAUCUCACCGUGAACACUUUAUUCACUGAAAUAACUGGACUGGUACCUGGUAGCAAUUACACACUGAGGAUUAUUGCUCUUGCUGCAGAUAAUGUUACGGAAGGGGAUGCAGUGACAAUCUCAAGAUUUACAAAGCCUGAUAUCGUUGUCAAUUUGACUGCUGAAAACAUCACCACAACAUCCAUUGCCCUUAGUUGGAGUGCGCCAAAUGGCAAUGCCAUUGGCUACAGGGUUGAAGCAAUAGGCAAUCCAUCCAAAAAUCUCACCGUGAACACUUUAUUCACUGAAAUAACUGGACUGGUACCUGGUAGCAAUUACACACUGCGGAUUAUUGCUCUUGCUGCAGAUAAUGUUACGGAAGGGGAUGCAGUGACAAUCUCAAGAUUUACAAAGCCUGAUAUCGCUGUCAAUCUGACUGCUGAAAACAUCACCACAACAUCCAUAGCCCUUAGUUGGAGUGCGCCAAAUGGCAAUGCCAUUGGCUACAGGGUUGAAGCAAUAGGCAAUCCAUCCAAAAAUCUCACCGUGAACACUUUAUUCACUGAAAUAACUGGACUGGUACCUGGUAGCAAUUACACACUGCAGAUUAUUGCUCUGGCUGCAGAUAAUGUUACAGAAGGGGAUGCAGUGACAAUUACAAUCUUUACAAAGCCUGAUAUCGCUCCCAAUUUGACUGCUAGUAACAUCACAACAACAUCCAUAGCCCUUAGUUGGAGUGCGCCAAAUGGCAAUGCCAUUGGCUACAGGGUUGAAGCAAUAGGCAAUCCAUCCAAAAAUCUCACCGUGAACACUUUAUUCACUGAAAUAACUGGACUGGUACCUGGUAGCAAUUAUACACUGCGGAUUAUUGCUCUGGCUGCAGAUAAUGUUACGGAAGGGGAAGCAGAGGCAAUCUCAAGAUUUACAAAGCCUGAUAUCGUUGUCAAUCUCACUGCUGAAAACAUCACAACAACAUCCAUAGCCCUUAGUUGGAGUGCGCCAAAUGGCAAUGCCAUUGGCUACAGGGUUGAAGCAAUAGGCAAUCCAUCCAAUAAUCUCACCGUGAACACUUUAUUCACUGAAAUAACUGGACUGGUACCUGGUAGCAAUUACACACUGAGGAUUAUUGCUCUUGCUGCAGAUAAUGUUACGGAAGGGGAUGCAGUGACAAUCUCAAGAUUUACAAAGCCUGAUAUCGUUGUCAAUUUGACUGCUGAAAACAUCACCACAACAUCCAUUGCCCUUAGUUGGAGUGCGCCAAAUGGCAAUGCCAUUGGCUACAGGGUUGAAGCAAUAGGCAAUCCAUCCAAAAAUCUCACCGUGAACACUUUAUUCACUGAAAUAACUGGACUGGUACCUGGUAGCAAUUACACACUGCGGAUUAUUGCUCUUGCUGCAGAUAAUGUUACGGAAGGGGAUGCAGUGACAAUCUCAAGAUUUACAAAGCCUGAUAGUGUUACCAACUUGACUGCUAAAACCAUCACCAGAACAUUCAUAACCCUCAGCUGGAGUGCACCCCCAGGAUAUGCACAUGAAUACAGGGUUGAAGCAAUAGGAACUCCAAGCAAAACUGUUACAGUGGACACUUUAUUCGCUAAUAUCACUGGGCUGCUCCCUCUUAGCAAUUACACCCUGCGGGUCAUCGCUGUGGCUGCAGAUGGGCUAACAGGAGGAGACGCAGUAGCAAUUGUGACAUUUACAAGUGGGCUGGAUGCUACUCUGAGAAUGCAAUUAUCUGUUUCUGUAUCAGCCAAAAAAGAAGAAAAGGAACUGGAAAGCAUGAUUUUACCAGAGAUAAAAAAGUAUAUUGAGCAGUAUCUUGCAGACAACAGGUUUCACUUAACUUGGAAAGGACUAAGAAGAAAGAAUCCUUGAGCCACAACAAACAUUACGGCACUGGACAGUCUCCUCAGGAAAACCAUUACUUCACUAUCAGAAACCAGUGCCAAAAAAAAUACACAUGGACAAUUUAUUUUAUUUAUCUCCUUCUCUAUGUUUUCGAACUGUUCACUUUCAUUUCUAUUUUUAAUAUAAUCAUAUAAUUCAUGUGGUAACAUUAACAUGGAGGGGUCUGUCUAUCUUAAUAACCUAAACCGAGGCAGAUUUUAAAAACUCCAAACCAAACGGAAUGCAUUCGUUUGAAGCUGUACAGUGAAUGACAUGCUUCUGUGUGCAGGUCAGUUUAAGCACAGUUGAAAUCUGUUUCGUUUGUCCAAUCACUUUGUAUCUGCUUUCUCUCUGUAUAUAGAGAGAAUUGAAAUCAGGGUGUUAUCAGAAGGAAAGUCCAGUGACCGAGCAGUGCAUGGGGGGCUCAGACUGCUGCUUAUAAACUAUUGCCAAUGUACUAAUGAACUGGGUGACAAUUUAUAUGAAGUGUCUCUAAUUACUGUGUAUUUACAUAGUAGUUACUUAGUAAAUACAUGUGUACAUACACAUAAUUACAUUAUUAUGCAUAGCUACAGUGUACUUAAUAUGUGAAUCUUUUUGCAUGAUUUUCCAGAAAACAGUUAGAGUUUGGGGUAUAUGGUACAAAAAGAUUUACGCAUUAAGUACAUUGUAACUAUGCACAAUAGUAUUGCAAUUAUGUGUAAGUACACAUGUAUUUACUAAGUAACUACUAUGUAAAUACAAAGUAAUUAGAGACACUUAAAGUGUUACCAUGAACUGUGAGCAAACUGUUCUCAUUGGUAAACUGACUGGUCCUGCUCCUUUCUCAUUGGUAAACUGACUGGUCCUGA